AUGAGUUGUUCAGCUUACAGAGUCAUUGACGAGUUCACUUCCCAUUCCAAGAGUGAGAUAGUUGUUAUUUGUGACAGCAUGUACAGCAAGGAUCAAAGAAUAUAUUUCUUAAUCACUGUGAAAACACUGAUGGAUGGACCAAUGCGUAUUAAUCAGCUUGUGUACAUCAGCAUUCUGUCUGCAGCCUGUUGCAGCUUGCCUGAAGGAUUUCUGGAAGGGCCACCUUGCAACCUACAAAUGGAAUCUUGCAAUUUUCAACACAUUUUGUCCUGGCAGGCAAGAAGUGAUCCAGCUGUACCAAAAUACUAUCGUGUGCUGUACGCUGACCGCAGGAACUGGAAGACUGCUAAACAAUGUUCAAAUAUUACACAACUCUCCUGUAAUCUGACAGAAGAUUUUAAAGAUAUUAACACUCAGUAUUCUGCGUUUGUUCAGAGCUUCAUCGGAACUGAAGUACUCAAUUCUUCUGUACUUACUUUUUUGCCGUUUACUGACACGUUCCUGGGACCACCAGAAGUUAAUAUCAGUUCCUGUCUAAACUGUAUAAAUGUCAGCAUAAAGCUGCCAACCUCUCACUUGAGAAAUGAAGGAAAGCUACUGUCUUUAAUUGAUAUAUAUAAAGAGCUUGAUUACGAUAUAACACUGAAAACACUUGAUAGAGAGCAUAAGAUACCACGUGAGAAAACCACUGAAGAAAGUUUUAGUACCAUCAUUGAGGAAUUGUAUCCAAAUAAAAACUAUUGUGUGUCUGUUAUGGUCACUGCAUCUCUAAACAAACAUUCCAUCCCAUCAGCCUGGAAAUGUAUAACUGCAGACUCUGUAGCUCAACAAGAGUAUCAUACCGUUGCAGUCGCAGGUGCUGUAUGCUUUUCACUGGUGCUAGCUGGUGCCCUGAAGUGUAUGCAUGUAGGAGGUUACAUUCUUCAAACAAAAGCCCUUCCACGUACCUUGGUAUUCAUCAAGACAUUAUCCUAUUCACCUUGGAUAUUUAAACCUGAGGAAAUAGCCUCUGUAGAGAUUAUUUACAGAGAGCUGAAAAAAAAGGUAAAUGAAUCCAGUGGUGGUAUCAAUGAUGAAGAUGACAGCGAUGACAGUGACAGUGAUACCAUAAGUAAUCAGAACUAUACGAGGCGUGAUCUCCUAGGCAGAGUACCUCAUGCCUCAGACACGCCAGAGGUAUUUGUGCAGUACUCUACAAAUAGUACAUGUGAUGACAGCAGCAGCCAGGCAAGUGAAAAUCCAGACACUGACCCCCAAGUUUUGGCAGAGUGUGAGAUGGGCAUUGAAGGAGACAGAGACACAAGCUGUGAGUUACUUAAUCCUUUCUCGGAGGUAAAUUAUAACUAUUCUUCUAGGCAAAGCAACAGUGCUUGCUUUACCAUUAACUUAAAAACUGUGCUCUUGGGAGCCUCUGAAGAGAACGUGGAUAGUUCUGCAGCUCUUCUUUCUUCCCAAGAAGAUGCAGUUGACUGGCAAUGUACUCAUGCUUUUGAAGCCAGACUCCUGGAUGACACAGAAAGUGUGCAGACACCACGCUGUCGGAAUGGCUCUCGUGAAUGGCAAAAUUCCUCUUGUUCUUCUCAUGAAAGUGACUCAUCAGAUUCAGAUACGGACCCAAAAACUGAAUACAUAAGAAGAUGA